CUUACAAAACCAGUUCUGACGGCUGCACAAAAAAGUUUAGUUUUUCGGGAAAUGAAACUGAAGAGGAGGAGGGACUGGAUGGAACAGUUUAUAAGGACCCGUUAGGGAGCCAGGAGGCAUCUCCACCAGAACAUCAGAUCCUGACCAGCCUAAUCCAGACCAGCCAUCAGCAUCAUCCUUUCACCGUUGAUCUAGACGUAAGAGCGGACUCGUCUGUUCUGAGGUUGUCAGAGCGAAGAGAACCCGCCCAGAAUUACUGACAGAACCUGCUGCUCCGUGCUGGACCGAACCAUGCAGACACGAACGAACAGGAGAGGAUUCAAUGAAUACUAUGUUUCAGGCCAACACCUGAAACUGAAAGAUCUGAAAGUAGAAGCUGAAGCUUUUAGGUUGGGAAGCAGUUACCUCUGGAAAGAAAACAUCCCAAAAGAAGCUCGAGACCACAAGUCCAUAGUAUACAUCCCAGAAUACCCUAAACCUGAGUUCCAGGUGAGUCAUCUGAAACAUGACACUACGGGAUUGGGAUUAGAAGGGAUCAGGAAGGAUGGAGGCUUCAAGGCUCCUUCGAAAGAUUCAAAAGAUUCAAAAGAUUCAAAAGAAAGCAAAAAUGAAGAAUCCUUUAUAUGGUGGAGUCUGGCUGUGGGACCAGAGGAGAUGAAGGACGCUGAGCUGAGGCUCCUGGAGAAGACGUUCCCAGGUACUGAGGUGGAAGCUGCUGAGCAGCAGAGCUUCCUGUGGAGGUUUGCCACCUCUCCAGCCUUCCUGGAGACGUCCCGGCUGGGCUCGUUCCGCUUCACCUUCCCCCUGGAGGAGGUGCUGACGGCCUACAGAGACCAGUUUUGCUCUGGAGCUGAGCCCGUCAUGCGGGUCUACGAGACGGUUCUGUACAAACAGGAAAUGAUGUACGUUGUUCUGGUCCACAGUCCAGAGUUCAAUUGGAAGUUUUCAAAGUAUCCUUUACUGAAGGACGACGCAGAAGCCAUCUGUGUUUACAGAGACGGACGUUUUAUCUGGAGGGCGGAGGCCAUGUGUGAGACUCACAAGUAUGAGCUGGUCAAAAAUGAUGCAAACCAGAUGGAAGCCGAACGUGCGUGGAAUCCUCAGUUUUACGUUUGGGACCAUGUUGCUGUUGCCCUGCAUGUGGAGAAUGAACAGGUGCUGACCUUUGAUGUUGUUAAACUUCGACAGAACCUGAAGUACUGUAAGCCAAGCAAUGUCAAAACCUGUGGUAGUUUUACAGACUUUGAUGAGGCCAAAGUCAAGGUUCAGAGCUUAUGGCCAGAGGAGCCAGAGAAGCCUCUGGAGGUGGAGCGCUCACUUCCGCUGAGAGUUAUCAAACUCAAACUAGUUCUUACUGGGAACGAUGGAGAAGAGAGGAACUCCGCUGGAAACGUUUUGGUGGGGAACAACGUCUUCACUGGUUCAGGAUUUUGUUCAGAGAGUUGGACAGUGGACAACCCGGAGGUGAAGAUCAUCAACACUCCAGACCUCUCAGAACUAACCGAUAAGAAGGAGAAGACCUUGAAGGAGAAGACCUUAGAUUACAUCAGACUCUCAGGUCCAGAACAUCAGGCCUUCCUACUGGUCAUCAGGCUUCAGAACAUCAGUGCAGCAGAGAUAGAGGAAACUGCUAGACACUUUGAAUCAGUGUUUGGUGAAGAUGCCUGGAGACGCACCAUGAUUCUCCUGACCUACCAGGACCAGGACAUCCAGAACCUGCCACAAGAGGUUCAGGAGAUCCUGCGUUGGAAAGUGGGCAAAAGAUACCGGGUCUUCAACAGCAGCCUUGACCACAGAAACCCCCAACUGGUCUCAGAUCUGCUGAAUGAGGUGUGGGAGAUGAUUGUGAAGAUACAACCAGCUUCAUUAUAGGGACACCAAACUUUAAAGAUACUUUAUCUCCUUUAGAGGCUCAGCCUCUCUGACAGCAGUAGUGUUCAGGAGCCGUGGAAUAUUUCCUCAAUCUCUGGUGUUCAUGUUUAUAUAUAAAAUCUGAAUCAUUUAAGGACAGCUGUGGUCUAGAAUAGCAUCCUAGUGGAUCAGAGCUGCUGUUGUCUGGUUCAGCUCUACUAUGAAGCCAUAAAGUUUCCAUCGUCUCUAUCGCUGCUUCUUCAUGAAGCAGAACUCUGGUCUUCAGGGUCUGAGGCGAGCAGAGAAACGGCUGCAUUCAGGAUUUAAACCUGCUGUCCCAGAUAUAAACUUAUCAGUUUAAACUUUUUUAUAAUCGGCUUAAAGUAGGAGAGAGUUUGUAACAUUCACAGAUAUUCAAUAAGCAAAGCCUGAGAGACGAUAUUUAAAGGAGCAAAAACCCAACACAUCAUUAGCUCAGAACAGAAAUGGUUAAAAUCAUUAAAUGUUAAUGGAGUCACUUCCUCUUUGACCAGACAGCUUUACCAUAUUUUUCAGACGAUAAGGCAUUCUUAAAAUCCUUAAAUGUUCUCAAAUUUAUGAUGCGCCUUAUAAUCCGGUGCACUUUAUGGUCCGAAAAAUACAGCAAUCUGUUACAAUUAACAGGAAAUAUGAGCUUCAGACCAUUUGAAAUGGACAGAAUUAUUUUAUUAAAAAACGUUUACCAUAUCCAAACUCCUUCCAACCCAUCAUGGUGAAUAAAGGGGCCCUAGCUCCCACCAGGGCCCCAUUCUGCAGUAAAUGUCUAAUGAAUGCAGUAAAAACACAGCGCACCCCAGAAAGUACUAUGGUGACUUCAGCAUUUAUGGACCUUUUAUAAAGUUUUAUUUAUGGACCUUUUAUAAAGUUGCACCCUUUGCUUCAGCUCAGAGAACACGGCAGUAUUUCUGUGUUCGGUUCAGAUCAGCCUUCCUCCUUGGUUUACAUUCAUACAUGAAAAGCCCAAAGAUUCACCAGGAUUUCUAGAAAGACUCCUCAGCCCUCACACUGAUUUGAUUUAUAUGUUUAACAGUUUAUUUACUUCUGCAUCUUUUAAUGUAAAACUGUUUCUGCUUGUUUUUUAAUCUUCAUGUGAAAAAGGGGGUCUUUCAUUUUUGAAAAUCUGUUUAUUUUCUGAUGAUAUAUGUAUUUAGGGGUUAAAAAGAGUUAAAUGUGUGCUACUAAUUUUUGCUGUUAUGCUCUUAAUGUUUUUACCAAAAUUUAUAGAAUCAUGUAUCUGGGAUGUUGCAUAUCUGAUUGGAUCUAUAUUUACUAUAGUUUAAAUAUGAAAUUUGAAUGAUUAUGUAACUUUAAUUAUUGUCUUCUGUUGCUUCACAUGUAUGGAAACCACUAUUUAAAUUGGACAUUUCCUACAUUUUGAUGGUGUGGGUCUGAUGGUGAUGUGUGCAAAGUAAUAAACAUCUUUAAAAUUA